AUGACUCACCCAUGGCAGGCGCAAGGUCCCACAGGGCCUGAGUCCUCAAGCCCGGCUGAGGCAGCAGCCGGCGCCCUCGGAGCCAGGAGAAUGACAACAGGUCUCAAGGCUGCCGCAGAGCGUUUGCUGCUGUGCCUGGCACCGCCCCUCCCCUCUCCUCCUGCAGGCUGCUGCGCCGCCGGAGAAGUACAAGGCCGCCUGUCCGCCCCAGUGGCCACUGUGGCUGGAGCCGGGGUCGGCUGCCCCGGCCCUGUCUUGCUCCAGCCCAAGAACCCCUGCCCGCUACGUGGCCAUCCUCUGCUGCCAGAGCUUUCUGCGAGCCUGGGGCUGAGGCCACAGCCCCUGCCCCUGCCCGGAGGCCCCAAGCCCAGCCCCAGGAGAUCCGGAAGCCUUUGCUCCUGGGGCUUACAUGGGCCCUCUGCCAGCCCUGCUGUCGCCCAGGCCCGGACCCCCACCUCUCCCAGCACCAACACGCCGGUGCUGGCCAGCCGCUCGUGUGUGCGGGGUCGGGGUCCUGGGAGCUCUUCUGCUACGGGGCUCAGCCCACAGAGAUGCCUGCAGGCCCAGGGGGACUUCUCAGGCUCUGGAGCCCCAGGGGCCCAGGCAAGGCUAGAUCCCCAUUGGGAGGGGACCCUGGCAAGUCCUGGCUGCGGGAUCAUUAACGUGGUCUCUCUGAUCCUCAGUUUCCUCAUCUGCAAACGGGCAAACCAUCCACGGGUCGGCUCCACCCUGCACUUAAGGCCUUUCAACUGGUUGACCCAGGCCCCCCAGAUUCUCUCCGACGAUCUUCCCUACUUAGAGUCAGCUGAUUAUGAGCUCAAUCACACCUACGGAGACCUUCUGGGCGACGCCGAGAGCCAGAGAGGGGACCAGGGCGUCCGAGUACGUGAGAUUCCUUCAGGUGUCGGGGACGAGGGAGUGGAGAGGGCGGAUGCGGAACAGGAAGAGACGGAAGGAGAGAGGAGAGGAGUGGUGGGCACCGAGCUGGGCGAGCUCCUCCCUUCCCGCCCUGGAAGGCAGGGCUCUGCUCAGUAUGGCAACUCUGCACCCCAGCCCCGCUUCCACCACCCUUCCCUGUGGAGCAAGGAGUCGGAGGGGGACCCUCCUGUCUCCGCAGUUCGCAGCUCCGAGGCUCAGGACCCGGAGAGCCGCACCAUUGCUCGAUUCCCUCCGGAGCGGCUGGACACCCGUCAGGAGCCCACGAACCUGGAAUGGAUGACAAUGGCCUUUGCCUCCUCCAUGAAAAGGGUUUUGGGAACCAGUUUGCAGAAGGGAGUUCAACCUCCAGAGAAAACUGUCUCCUCCAAAUUCGUCAACAGCCCCCAGCUGAAGCCCAUGGCCGGGGUGCAGAGAGAAGGGGCCAAGCGCGAGGUGGAGCAGGCCGGGCACCUGGGCUCUGUCCCAGCGCGCCCCAUAAAGGCUUUGGCAAAGAUCCUUUGUCCCGUCUGCACUGCCCCAUGUGCCUGGUUGCCCCUGGUGGUGGCCCGUGCCCGGGCUGUGGAUACCCAGGACCUGUCCUCCCCAGAGGCACCACUCUCCGUGGCAGUCACACCCAGCGAUGGCUUCCACCAUCCCCGCUGGAGGUCCAACUGCCUGUCGUCCACCGAGGGGCAAGAGGUGGACACUGACCACCCAGGCAGGGUCAUCGUGGGCGAGCACCCGAGUGACAGCCCACCCUGGGAGGAAGCGCUCGUCAGCGAAAUCAGGGCCAUGUCGGCCUUGGAGCAGAGCCUGGCGUUGGAGGCCGUCCGCCACUGCAUCCAGGAGCACAGCCAGCUCCUCAGGAAGGAGGUGUCGGACACCAGCAUCCAGGAGCUCCUGGCCUCCCUGAAGCUGGACCUCAAGCAGCCUUUGGAGAAGACCUUCCUCUUCCACUUCUAUGGGCUGAUCCUCAGAGAGUGUGCCAGCGCCAACCUGCUGAAGGAGCACCUGGCCAGCCUCCUCGAGCUGUCCCACCAGUCGUCCGGCCAGCGAGAGGGCAUUGCGCUGGCCGUCGGCAUAACAUCCGCCUCACACAUGGAGGAGGUGUGGGCCAUGCUGGAGCACCUGGGCCGCACCAGGUUCCUGAGGACUACCUUCAUGUCCUCAGACAGCCAGGAGCUGGACCCCAACAUGCACUGGAGGUGGGUUAGCAGCACCUCCCUGCUCUGCUAUGGGCAGAUGGCCACGCACGCCAGGGAGCAGAUCCUGCCCUGGGUGGACAACAUCGCCUCCAGGAUGGUGUACUACUUUUCGUGCAGCACCUACGACAAUAUCCUGAAAACGAGCUUCCUUUCGGCGGCCAUCAUGCUCAUGAAAGCUCUCCAGCGGGAGAAUGGUGCCCAGAGCUACAAAUUCACUCAGAUCUCAGAGCUCAUCCAGUGUCUCCUGCGCAUCCUUCAGAACGAGCCCAACUUCCUGGCCACCCUCUUGCGGCAGAAGGUCAUACUGGUCAUCGUGGGACUGAGCAACCUGCGGCCCAGUCUCACACCCAUGGUCAAGUCCAGGAUCCUGCAGACCUGCCUGCAGAGCCUGUACGCGCUGCCCCCCAUGGAGACGUUGAAGCGCAAGUUACCUCCGCUGGAGCGGGCCCCGGACGUCAUGAUGCUGUAUCAGAAGUCCAUGCAGGCACUCGACCUGCUCUUCCAAAACUUCGUCUCUGAGAACAAGAGCAUGGACGAGAUCUGCUUCCUCCUGCAGCACACAGAACCCUGGCUGAAAUCGGAUAAGAGCCAUGAGCGCAAGCGGGUGGUGCAGACCAUCUUCCUGCUCCUGAAGUACGUGGUGGACUAUGUGAAGCUCACGGAAGAGGCUGUGCCCUCCAUGCUGGGCCACCAGAUAGGCCUGCUGACACUCCUGUGGCGGGACAAGGACAAUGUCACCCAGAGCCACUCCCACCAGUGUGUGUACCUCCUCCUCCAGCUUCUGAUCCAGCAGAAGGGGAGCAUGGCGGAGUUCAUGCAUUUGAAUAAAAUGAAGAAUUCUGAAGCAAGGGCCUACAGAGAAUCAGAGAUGAAGUUCUACAAUUUGGUGAAGGCCUUGGACGAGAACCUGACCGUGGCCCAGCACACGCAGCUCGUCCUCACGCUCCUGCAAGGGCUCUGCAGCCACAGCCACCUGUGCUGCGACCUGGCCGCUCAGCUCGUCCUGAUGAUCUUCGAGGACCACAGCAUCAAGCCGGAGCAGGUGGCCGAGAUCUUGCAGGGCCUGUUCCAGAAGCUGCCGUGUAUCAUCUUCAAGAACAUCCUGCAGACCAUGAUGAAGGCCGUGACCGUGCUGGGCGCCCAGCACACCCAGGAGACAGUGGAGGUGCUGCUGUCCCUGUGCCGCCCUUCAGAGAGGCAGGUCACACCCCUGUGGACAGCCCUGGCCACCAACAACCGGCUGGCCCGCAAGGUCGUCACCCUGCUCUACAUGAAGCUGAAGCUGCGGCCCCCCAAGGAGCUCAUCAGGCUCCCCCAGCAGGCGGAGCUCAUUUCCCUGCUGGUGAGCAGCACCGCGCCCGCACCCGGUCCCCACCCAGGCCCCCGCGGCAACGGCAUCGUCAUUCAGGGGCCUCGUGGGGCCCUGGGCACCAUCUACGAGCUCCUGUACCUCCGGGAGUACAAGCCCACAGUGCGCUGGGCCUUUGCGGGGCUCCUCCUGGGCCUGCUCACACAGCUGCACUAUCUGUUCGAGCUGGACGUGGCGGAGGGCGUCUCAGACUACCAGGAGGACAUCCUGGAGGCGAGGCCCCUCAACCCCUGCAGGAUAUGCCUGGAGGCCCUGAAGGGUCUCUUCUGGACCACCAACUACUGGGAGGUGUUCGCCGACCUCAAGCUGCUGAGGGGCUGGGAGCUCUUGGAGCAUCUGGAAACCUACACAGAGGGGGUGACCCUCCUGGCCAGGGCCAUGGCCCACUACGACUGUGAGGUCAAGGCCGUCUUGGGGCAGGCGGUCAUCUCCCUGCAGAGCUCCGAGGAACGGGACAACAUCGUGGCCAUCCUCAUCAUCACAGAGUUUCUCAAUAGCCAAGAGCUCACCCAGUACACAUCUCGGAAAACCAUGGACAACUUCCUGAACCUGGGCCUGAACAACCCCAACCAGCUGGUGCGGGCCAUGAGCCUGAAGGGCCUCAGCAGUAUCCUGAUGCACCCUAAGAAGGUGCUCCUGCUCCGGAACCGGCUGAUCGGGCUGCUGGACAGCUUCCUGAAGCCCGAGCCCGGGGACCUCAUUGGCCUGAUGGAGAUCCUGGGCGACAUCGUGCACUGCCUGGGCGGGCAGGGCGUCGGCACCGUCAGCCUCAAGAUCGCCCAGCACCUGCUGCCUCUGUUCGAGCACGUGAGUGGCAGGGCGCCUCAGGACCCGCGCCUGGGCAGCUCCUCGCCCAAGCCCGCCAGUCAGAGCAGCCGAAGCUGCUACCCCCACCAUUCACAGCAGCAGAAGCUGCUGCCCACGGGGCUUGUGGGACAAGUCCGUAAGGAGGGCUCGGAACAGGAGGACGUGCGCGGAGGAGCCAUCUUCCUGUACGGAAACGUCCUCUACAGUGGGGGCAGGAAGUUCCGGCCGGCGCUCAGGACCCACGCCUUCCAGGCCCUGGUGCCCCUGCUCCUGCACCUGGCUGACCCCUGCCCCCGGGUGGUCACGAAGACGAAGUUCACCUUCUUGCGCUGUGCCAUCUUACUGAAGUGGGAGUUUCGGAAAGAGCUGUUUUGCAAGUUGGCGUGGGGCCAUGGCCUGGGCGCUGAGAACGACAUUUUUAUCUACAUGGUGGAGAGCAACUUUGGCAACUACCACCAGUUCCUCAUGCAGGCCCUGAUCUACCUGGGCAGCCCCCACCAAAGCCUGAAGCUGACAGCCAUGAAGUUCAUCGGGGGACUGCUGCAGGACUACUUUGCAGACCUCUGCUCCUACUUAAAGAAGGGCGACGUGAAGAUCCUCUUGAAACACUUCGAGAUGCUCAAGCAGGACCAGGACUCCCUGAGCCGCAAAUUCUACCGCAGUUUCUCGGGAGACAUCAUUGCGUUGUCCCAGUAUGUGACGCACUGA